AUGGGAAUCGAUUUACUUCACCUAGUCCUCAAUCGCCGACUGUCCCAACCAGCAGAUUCGCACAGUAUGAACGCGGGUGCUGAUUUGGUCCACGUCAUUUGUGCUCCUGAAGCUGCUCCUGUUAUAAAAACGUUUUCGCCGGAACUCAUAGUUCACCCGGGUCUUGAACCGGAGAAUGUUCUGCCGAAACUUGAACGGAUGGAUGCAAUUGUUUUUGGACCUGGUCUCGGGCGAAAUGCUCGUCUAAUGCCGCUGGUUGAGAGCGUUCUGGACUUUGUCAAACGUACUGAGGUACCCUUCGUUGUGGACGCAGAUGGCCUAUGGUUUAUCAAGGAAUCAAUACGCGAUGUACCUCCAUUGCCUUCGGCUAUUUUCACACCAAAUCACAUUGAAUUUUCAAGGAUGUGCGAAGCCGCCCUCGAUGUGCAUAAUGACCAGAAACAGUUACAAGAUAUGGUCAGUCGCUUGAGCAAACACAUGGGAACAUCUUUGUACGUGAAGGGACAAGUUGAUAUCAUUACCAAUCCUGGUGGCGAAGUUGUGAUUGGUGAUGAAGAGGGAUGCCCAAGAAGAUGCGGCGGUCAAGGAGAUGUGACCUGUGGAACGUUGGCAAUGUUUUUAUUAUGGGCGUCAAGAUUGACUUCUAUGAAUGAAGCAAAACUGGCUGCCGGACUAGCAGCUAAUCAGUUGGUUCGUCGCUGUGCAAAAAUAGCGUACUCAUCGAUUGGAAGGUCGAUGAUAACCGGUGAUUUGAUCAAUGAAAUCCCUGCGGUGCUAAGAGAGAUCGAUAAUCAAAAAUUGACUUCUAUGAAUGAAGCAAAACUGGCUGCCGGCUUGGCAGCUAAUCAGUUGGUUCGUCGCUGUGCAAAAAUAGCGUACUCAUCGAUUGGAAGGUCGAUGAUAACCGGUGAUUUGAUCAAUGAAAUCCCUGCGGUGCUAAGAGAGAUCGAUAAUCAAAAGUGA